UGAGGGGCCACUGAACAGCAGAGUGUGAAGUGGAGAAUACAUUACCAGAGAGAAGCACGCCUUGCAGUGAGACACUUGAGCCGAGUGCUGUUAGAUAACGAAAGGAAAAGAUGGGAAAAGUUCUCUUUUUUCUCCUUUUUGUUCUCUGUAUAAGUGAUACACUUCAAAAACAAGGGAAAAGGAACAGUAAAAAGACGAACAGCUCCUAUGUUCCCUUUCCCAACCCCAGAACGUUUGUUGCAAAACUCUUUCCAAAGAGCGCCUCUGAUCUAAAUGGGACUCAAACUACAAACAAAACCAUCUCAUCUCGGUACCCUCCAGAACUGUUGUUCCUAAGCAACAGCACAGCAGGGUACCUCGGCGGCCCUCUCAGCACCCGGAUCAUCCCCCUUAUUUAUAUUUUGGUGGUUACUGUUGGGAUCCCAGCCAACGUUACCAUCUUGUGCGUGCUGGCCUCUAAAAUUAGGAAGGUGUCCUCUGCCAUCCUGUACUGCAGCCUGGCCGUCUCCGACCUCUUCCUCCUCCUCUCCCUCUUCUUCAAGGCUCACUACCAUCUCCAUGGAAACGACUGGGCUUUCGGAGAGGCAGCCUGUCGAGUGGUCACGGCCUGUUUCUAUGGCAACCUCUACUGCUCGGCCCAGGCGCUGGCCUGCAUCAGCAUCAAGCGCUACCUGGCUGUAGUGCACCCGUUCAGGUACAAAGCUCUCCCCAAGAGGAUGUGCACCGCCUGGGUCACCAUGGCCAUAUGGCUGGUGUUUGGAGCCGCCAUCGUCCCCGAGCUCCUCAUCCAGCAGACCUAUCGGCUCCCUCAGCUGGGACGCAUCACCUGCCACGACGUACUGCCCCUGUUAGAAGACUCCUUCAUCUUCCUGCUCUACUACAACCUGAUCCUGACCAUCCUGGGCCUCCUGGUGCCACUGGUGAUCACUGUUGUGUGCUACACCCGAGUCAUGUGUGAGCUCAACCAAUCACACCACGACUGGAAAAUGUACAUCCAGGCCAGCUCACUGGUGUUUGUCAUCUUCCUGGUGUGUUUCACACCAGCCGGAGUCCUGCACUUUGUCCAUUAUGUGCAACUGUUUGUGAACGGAACAGAGGAUCUGUACACGUAUUUUAACGUGGCGGUGUGUUUGUGCUGCCUCCAUGCCACGCUGGACCCUUUCCUCUUUCUCCUCAUGUCCAGGUCUGUGGGCGCCACGAAAUACUUCAGGGCCUCUAAAGGCAAGACCAUGAGCUUAUCUGUCUAAGAGAGUCCUACCGGACACGUUACCAAAAAACUGGUUUUGAUCUAUAUUUUGUUGGGGAGGGAAAUGUUCUCUGUGGCAGGAAUCCAAAAAGAGGACCUCUGCAUUUAUACUGUAGUAAACAUGCUUUGUUCCUAUGGGUAGAAUUAUUGCUUUUAAUACAGCAGCGCAGUGUUUUUGUGUGUGUGAGUGUGUGAGUCUGAGACAGAUAUAGGAGAAGGAAUGUGUGGACAAAUGGUAAAUAUGUUAAUAUAUGUUUUUAUAUAUGAUUAAUUUUAAAAUAAUUCAGUUUAUAUGGUUGUGGUUUACGGUUUAACAACAAAAGCCUGUUUUCAGUGUUUUCAUACUGUAGAAAUAAGAGGGAAAAUAACACAAAAUGAAACUUUUUUGUGUAUAAACACACACAUAUAUAUGUAUGUGUGUUUACUGAUCUGUGUUUAGUUGAACAUGAACAAUAAGAAAUUGUUUAUUCCUGUUCUCAUACAUGACGCUGACACGUCUGUUCAUUAAAACAUACAUUGGA